AGCUCCUAGUCAGCAUCUUCCUCGACAUCAACUCACCCACCCACCCACCGACAAGAUGAGGUCAUUCGCUCUCCUCGUCGCUGCCGGCGUCGCCCUUGCCCAGGACAUCGGUAGUCUCCCUCCGUGUGGUCAAACUUGCAUCACCAACAUGCUCGCCAUCGCGCAAUCCACAUUCGGCUGCGCAUCUGGCGAUGUCGUCUGCUACUGCAGCGAGGCGCGCUUCGGAUAUGGCGUUCGUGAUUGCUCCAAUGAGGCUUGCUCCGCCGACGAUGCUGCCUCAGCCAUCUCAUUCGGCACCAGCUACUGCGCCUCUGCUGCUGCCUCGGCGAGCGGUGCGUCAGCUUCUGCGGUCUCUACGGGAGCUCUCGGUAUACUGUCGUCCGCCCUUGGUACGGCUACGCCUACCGCUACCGGUGCCGACACCACCAUGACCACCAUGCCGUCUGGCACUGGUGGUGCGGCUUCCAGCAUUGCCUCUUCACUCGGCUCCGAAUUAGCAUCUGCCACUGGAUCUGCCCAAUCGGCCCUCUCCUCGAUUGAGUCCUCAGCCGCUUCAGCCGCCUCUUCCGCUGCCGCGAGUGCAAGCGACGCCGCCUCGAGUGCUGCCUCCAGCAUUUCCUCGGCGCUCGAGUCCAUCACGGGCUCUCCGACUGGCUCUGGAACUGGUGCCGAGUCGACUGGAGGCGCUCCCAAGAUGACUGCCCUCCCACUCGCUGGUGCUGCUGGCAUGGCUGCUUGGCUGCUGCUCUAAGCGCCUACCUCGAGGCGAAGUCCGACGCCCUUGCUCGAUGGUAUAAUGUCUAAAAUGUUGGUACCUGAAAGGGUGACCAUAUGAGGAGGGCAUUGGCUUUCUUUGUAAUUGUUUGGGUCGUCAAUGCAUUGUCUACGCUUCAGCGCAGUCAGUCCUUGCCCGGGUGUUUUCCUUCUCUUCACCUUGCUCAGGAGGCGGUAUGAUGUUCACGACGCAUUACGCCGUACAUGUCUCUCGAUGCAUGCGCUAGGUUGCAGCGCUUUGAUACCCUCUUUGCGGGAUGACCGGGUGGCCCUAUGAGUGCCGUAGCUAAUACCAAAUGACUAAUAUUCACUUACACUA